AAUUACAACCACAACACAAUCAGAGAAACUUAGAGGACACACUGUUUCCAUGUUUAUGGAGGAACCUCGCACUUCAUUCAAUUGAAGCAGGACAUCAAGUGCCUGAUGAACCAUGGGGCCGAGGCUCUCUCAUGGCAGUUGGCUGUGGAUGUUCAUGUCCCUACUGGGUGCUGCAGACUGCACUUACCACUGCCUCAGCAGCAGCAGUGACACACAACCUUUCCUCUCCUUGACCCAAACUCAGACUUGGCGGGUGGAAAGCGAUGGUGGUUGCCUGAAGCCCUUGUAUAACUUUGCCAAGCUUUUCCUUGACUCAGUACAGCCAAAUCCUUUCCCGGAAGAUAUCAUCUCUACAGCUUUAAAGACUGAACAACUAGAUAUUCCACAGCUGGUUCGGUAUGAGGCUGGAUACAUAGUGUGUUUGCUCUUGGCUGUAAUUUACCUGCUCGUGAUGCCAGUUGCCGGUGGAGUCCUUGCUUGGAGGUCUUUCCAUGGCAGGAAGGUAGAGGUGAACAACACUCAGUCAUCAUCAUUAGCAUCCCUCUACCAUCAGGACAUCGGUGUGGCAGCUUGUUUAGUUCUUGUCACCAUUUUACUCCUGACAGGGGUGAUCUUGGCUUUCACCGUGAACAGUCGAGUCAGUGAGAACAUGCACCCAGGCCUGUAUCAUGUAGAGACCAGCGCCAGGAUCAUUGAAGACUCUCUAACUUCAAUUACACAGAAAAUUAAGGUCAUUAUGGAACAGUACUCCAUUCCCAAAGCAGAAAUCUCAAAGGAAAUGAAUGAUGCUGACGACAUCAUUGGUGCAACAAUCAUCUCCUCUUUCAACACUGAUGUCGACGAAUAUCUCAUAGACUUAUCUGUCUCCAUCGAAGAUGCUAUUGGAACCUUUGAGAACCUGCAGCUGUAUCAGACGACCAGGACAGACCUGCAGGCCAAUCACACAACCCUGCAGAACGGCAUCCAGGGACUACAGAGCCGAGUGGAGAGUCUGGGGAAAUGCCCCACCUGUGACGUCCCCAACCCUAGCAACCUGACUACUGUUGCUAACUACUACCUGAUCCCCAGUGUGGAUGACAAGUUGAAUGAUAUGCCUCCUGCAUCCAGCCUCGCAGGCCUCAUUGAACAGGGGAACCUAACCUUCCAUGCCAUUCCACAAAAGUGCUCAGAGCAAGUGGCUCCCACAAUAGCAGCUCUCAUGUCAGUGCUGAAUGAAUCCCAAGAAGAGUUGCUGAACACCAGCCAUAGGUUCCCCUCGCUGGAGUCUCUCAUUGAGGCUGUGUCUGACUGUAAAACCACUGUGAGACGCUUUGCAGACCCAGUAGAUUACUACGACUUUGUCAGGUGGGCAGUGUCAUUGACACUCUGCAUGGUGAUGCUGGUCAUAGUGGUUCUGAUGGUGGUUGCUCUCUCUCUGGGACUGCCUGUGUUCUUCUACCCUACGAUUUACUCCACAUACCAAGAUGCUCGACUGGAACACACAGCAAUUGGCCUGUAUAGAGCAGCUGUAGUAGCGAGCUUCGUGUUUUCCUGGCUUUUCAUCCUCUUGGUCUUUAUCGUGUUGUUUUUCGGGGGGAAUGCCCACACCCUGGGCUGCCGGAGCUGGACCCAUGGACAGCUCUUUGGGUUCUUAGACCAGCAGAAGAAUAUUUUCAGCAGCCUAAACAACAUCAGUCAAAGCUUCAACACCAGUCAAAGCCCCAAUAUCAGUCAAGAGACCAACUCUGAGACCCAACAGAUUCAGCCCAGCACCUCAGCAAUAUACCAUGGCUGUAAGAGUGGACAGUCAUUGUUCCACAGCAUGCACAUGGAGCAGCACUUUGAUCUGGAGGACUUCCUCAAUGCCAGCAAGUACUUGGAUGGAUUCAAUGAGACUGCUCAGAAUAUGUCAGUCAACCUGGAUGGCUUGAAACUGCUACCUGACAAUGGCAGACAGGGCCUACUGAGCUUUAAACAGUGUGGGAUAGACAGCAUCAACUACCAUGAGCAAUUACUACUGCUAAGCACACCAGUUGUGAAGACAGACCUUGGAGUAUUUGCCAAUGAACUGGAUAAGAAGGCAGAAGUUCCUGCAAAUGGUGAAAUUAAGGAAGAAUUGAAAAAAGAGGCAGAAACAACCAGAUAUCUGAACACCAUCGUUAAGCUACAGCAGACAAAUGCAGCAAAGAUGAGCCAAAUUGUGAGUGCCUUGAAGACUAUCAGCACAGUCUACAAGGCUAAUGUAGACAAAGCUCUGGAAAGUUUGACCCAGACAGAAGUGGCACUCCACAACCAGCUUCCUUACAUUGUCGGAAAUGUGUCUCAGUGUAUCAUGGAGAAAGGAGAACAAUCCCUGCUUCGGUACCUAGAUUGGGUCCGUCAUGCGAUCUUAUAUAAUGUCCUGGAUUGCCAUUGGCUUGCUGUGUCACUGGACAAUGUGUAUACAGCAGUCUGUCUCAAUGUGGUUGAUCCAUUGAAUGCAUUCUGGCUGUGUCUGGGAUGGUGUUGUGCAUUCCUGGUCCCUGGAGUGAUCUUCAGCAUCUAUACAGCCAGGCGAUUGAAGCCAGAGCCCACCUUCAUUAGUAAGGAUACAUUCAUCUUGCCUGAGAAGAAGACAGAGAAUAUGAAAUGCCAUACAGAGAAAGCUGCAUCCAACAACUACAUGAGCUUAGAAGAAGUCCAUGAGAUGAGCAUGGUUUCUGAAUACAUCAAAAGCAAAAAAUGUGAAGACUAAAACACUUGAAUUUAAAUGCAAAAAAAGAUGAUACUAUGUUGAAAGCAAAAUGGUGGGGUUACCCCAUAUGGAAUCUAAUCUUGUCGAUUAUAGAAAUAAUUUGUGUAACAACUCCUGACAUCCUGACAACGUUAGUUGUGGUAUCUAUCGCUAUGUGGUCUCGGGUAUCUAUUCUUAUUUCAACUGGGCAAACCAGCCUCUAUAAUUCAUCUGAAGCACAUGCCUAUUUAAUCAAAAGCGAAGGCCUAUGUAAUCUGAUAAAUUGGUUUAUUCGUUUCUAUUCGUUUUUUUCUACUAAGUUGUUAUAAUGAAUAAAAAACGAAUACAUGUAUAAUACAAAUAAUAAAAUUACUUAAAGCAU